GCCAAUCAGCACGUGUGAUUCUUGCAUAGGUGGAACACAAGUCUGGGAUAGUCUUGUCAUACAUGUUCCCGGUGUGUGGCCGUCGCCGAGCGUUUCCUGCACUGGUGCAUGGUGGUCGAACAGGAGGAAUUGUUGGAAAUUUUUCGGAGCAGCAAAAGCAUGCUCCUAGCCCAGAUUAACCGGGACUCCCAGGGAAUGGCUGAGUUUCACGAUGCAGAUGGACAGCCAGUCACUCUCUGUCUGGCAGAGGCCGUGACGGUGUCAGAUGCUGACCAGAUGGACAGCAUGGACACCGUGAGUCUGCAGGCUGUUACUCUUGCAGAUGGAUCCACUGCCUACAUCCAGCACGAUUCCAAAUCCUCCUUUUCAGAUGGACAGAUCAUGGAUGGCCAGGUUAUCCAGCUGGAGGACGGCUCCGCUGCCUACGUUCAGCAUGUAUCUAUGCCUAAAGCAGGAGGAGACAGUUUACAGCUGGAGGAUGGGCAGGCAGUGCAGCUGGAAGAUGGAACAACAGCCUACAUUCACACACCUAAAGAUGCAUAUGACCAGAGCGGCCUGCAGGAGGUGCAGCUGGAGGACGGCAGCACGGCUUACAUCCAGCACACGGUGCACAUGCCCCAGUCCAACACCAUCCUGGCCAUCCAGGCUGACGGGACCAUCGCGGAUCUGCAGACCGAGGCCACUGCCAUCGACCCUGAGACCAUCAGCGUCCUCGAGCAGUACACCACCAAAGUGGAGAAUAUAGAAAACCCUCUGGGCUCCUUUGGUAGAGUGGAAGCAGACAAUGGUGUCCACAUGCGGAUUGUUUUACAGGGUCAAGACAACAGGGCAGGAAGAGUGUCAAAUGUUGGCGAGAAGUCUUUUCGCUGUGAAUAUGAAGGCUGUGGAAAACUCUACACCACCGCCCACCACCUCAAGGUACAUGAGCGCUCACACACUGGAGACAAACCGUACGUUUGUGACUAUCCCGGCUGUGAAAAGAAGUUUGCAACAGGGUAUGGACUUAAGAGUCACUCGCGCACUCACACGGGGGAGAAGCCAUACAGAUGCCAAGAGAUGAACUGCUGCAAGUCCUUCAAAACAUCUGGAGAUCUUCAGAAGCAUACAAGGACUCAUACAGGAGAGAAACCCUUCAAAUGUCCGGUGGAAGGCUGUGGAAGGUCGUUUACCACCUCCAACAUCCGUAAAGUUCACAUCCGAACACACACUGGUGAGCGGCCGUACUACUGCUCCGAGCCCAGCUGUGGACGCUCCUUUGCUAGUGCCACCAACUACAAGAACCAUAUGAGAAUUCACACUGGAGAGAAGCCGUAUGUGUGCACAGUGCCUGGGUGUGAAAAGCGCUUCACAGAAUACUCCAGCCUUUACAAACACCAUGUUGUUCAUACACCCUGCAAACCUUACAACUGCAAUCACUGUGGGAAAACCUACAAGCAGAUCUCCACACUAGCCAUGCACAAACGCACAGCACACAACGACACGGAGCCCAUCGAGGAGGAGCAGGAGGCCUACUUUGAACCCCCAACGGAUGCUAUUGAUGACCCCAGCGUCGGCUACACAGCAGCGGUGGUGGAGGCAGAUGACUCUGGCUCGGAGCAGGUUCCCGUCGAGAGCGCAGAGAUGGUUGCUCAGCAGCACGUUGCCUUGGUAACGCAGGAGGACGGAACGCAGCAGCAGCUCAGUAUCUCUGAAGCAGACCUACAAGCUAUGGGUGGCACUAUCACCAUGGUAACCCAAGAAGGUACAACCAUUACCAUCCCAGCCCACGAACUGGCCACACAAGGGGCUCACUCGGUUACCAUGGUAACGACAGACGGCUCCGAUGAACAGGUGGCCAUCAUGACACCCGACAUGGCCUCGUUCCAAACGGUGGAGGAAGCAGGCUACAGCCAAGACCAGGAUGACAUUCAUCCUGUCACGUUACUGGCCACCUCCAACGGCACUCACAUUGCCGUACAGCUCAGUGACCAACCUUCUUUGGAGGAAGCCAUCAGAAUAGCUUCGAGGAUACAGCAGGGGGAGUCACCGGGUCUGGAUGAUUGAUGGACUUUAUAUGAUGUGUAAUUAUGACCAUCUCAGUUGGACUUGCUCGUCUUCCUGAUGUUUUUUGUCGUUUUUUUCAUCACAAGAACUUAGCUUUUACGUGUACAUAGAUUUUUGAUAAAUGGAGUUCUGUCAUGCUAAUUCUUCCCCAAACAAAAACUGGAAAAAGGGGAAAAUGCUUUCUAAAGUUCAUGAAACAGAGUGCAGUGUACAGCUAAUGCUAUUUCUAAUAAAAAUAUUCUGUGA